AUGUCCUCCCUUUCAGAAUAUGCCAUACAAAUGACUCACCUGAGUGCCCUAAUAUUUGGAGAAGUUGCUGUCCCCACCGAUUCCAAAUCCAUGAAAGUAGGGAAGUUGUUUAGUGAACAGCCUUUGGCCAAAAGGAAGGAGACUUAUGACUGGUAUCCCCCUCACAACACCCAUUUUGCUCAAAUGAGGAAACUCCGUUUCUUUGGUCUUUACAGAGAUGAACAUCAAGAUUUUAAGGAAGAGUGAAGGUGACUAAAGAAACUUCAUGGAAGCAAGCCAAAAAAAGGAGAAGGGAAAAUAUCAGCUGCAAAGAAAUAAUGUUGAACCAAUCAGUGACUGAGAUGAGAAAGAAGUACACAAACUGACGAUUUUCCAUUUUUAAUAAGAAUACAACCUUCCUAAAUUGAUGGAUUUUGGUACAAGAAUCAACCCUCCCCCAAUGGAGUCAAAUCAUGCUCAAUUAGGAUUCAAUUCUUGAACACAUUUUGGUCCUUAAAAGUUAUUUUAGCUUUGAUAUUGUGUGAAAAUGCUAUCAAUUGUAUCAAAGAAAUUAUUCACUUGUAAUUAUUUGCUGAUUUUCUAGCAAAAAAUAAGAUCCUUACUAAAUUAGCAUCUUCUUUGACCCCCCCCCCAAAAAAAAGACAUGGAGGCAAGAGAUGGAAUAUUGUACAUAAGCAAUAUAAACUAUACUAGUUUGGCUGGAACAUACACAGCAUUUAUGAGGGCCAAUAUGUAAUAAAUCUAGAAAGAUAG